ACGCAUGGAUCGACUCUACCGAUAGUGUCAAAUAGAGGAAUCCAAAGAUUCAUUAUCAGAGAAUAUGGGCACCGGUUGGGUUCACUUGGAGUGUAUUUGGCGGGAACUGAUAUUAACCAGGAGGGAAACUGGGAAUGGAUGUACCAAGAUGAGUCAUUUUCCUUCUCCUCUUGGGGAAAAGGAGAACCAAACAAUCAUGGAGAUGAAGAUUGUUUACAUAUGUAUAAAACACAACCUUACAAUUGGAACGAUAUUUCUUGCCAGCGUUCCAUCUCUAGCACAUUAUGCUCCAAACAAGGUAGACUGUCUGGUGGUAUAUCUUCCCUGACAUGUGGAUGUGGAGCAUCUGUCUGUCAAAUUGGUACAGUGUUCGGGAGCACGAAAUGUUUGAAGACAGAUAUCCUCUUUCUGAUUGAUGAUUCCAGCAGUGUAUUCUCCUCCGGUUUCACAUAUGCCAAGAAAGUUGCUGCAAAGCUGGUCGACUGUAUGACAAUUGGUCCUGAUGACAUAAGAAUUGCGCUAAUGACGUUCGGUUCAAGUACUUCAACCCGUUUCACCUUCGACAGAUACAAUAAUAAAUAUUCAAUCAAAUCAGCUAUAACUGGAGCACCAUAUAGAGGCCACACAAGAACUUAUAUUGGAAAUGCACUGAGCGACGCUCAAAAUUUAAUGAAUUCAAAUCCUUCUGAUAGGCUGGACAUUGUAAUAGUAAUUUCAGACGGGAAGUCCCACGAUUCUUUCUCCUGGCAAUCAACUUCAAUUCAAAGAAAUGGUGUUUAUGUUUUUGCGAUGGGAAGUGGAGGAGAUGUCGAUUCAUCAAAUUUAGGGACAAUUGCAAGUAACCCCAACGCUGAUUAUCAAGUUACAUCCAACGACUACUACGAUCUUCAUACGAAAGUUUCUAAAUUAAUCAAUGGUCUAUGUAUCGGUUAUACUACUCCUGAUUUCAUGACUUGUGAAAUGGAAAUUAAAGAUAGUUAUGGAGAGAAGGCACAAUCUCCAACCAACGGAUCUUCUAGUUGUGCAAACCAACUGGAUUUUUACGGAAAAUAUCAACCCGAAUUUAUUCAUACGCAUGUGAUGAUAGACGGAAGACACAGAGGGUUCCGGCCACCACUAUCCUCAUAUACAGAAUUCCAUUUCGGAGUCUUACACGCCAACAUUGACUUUGUUAAAAGAGCUAAAUCAGAUACGGAUCAAACUAUUGGAAGAAGUCCAAUUAAAAGCUCCUCUGUUUACCAGCAUUUAGUCUCAAAAGACGUCAACAUGACCAAUUCAGUUAUUUUCCAUGACAGCGAAAGGUUUUGCUUGAUAUACAAAGCAAAUGUUGGAGGAUAUAUUACUCUUCAUACUGGGAAAUAUACAUAUGGCACCACAGAAGCUGAGAGAGCAUUGUGUUACUUCUUUGACGAUAUACCUCCAAGACAUUGCGCGGACAUUGGUUCAUGCAGUUAUCCUCCGAUGCAAUUAUCUGCAGAAAUCACCAAUAUGACCUCACUUAAUGUCUCAUUCACAGGCUGGGAGGAUUUUGAUUCCGUCUUAGCAAUUUCAAAGUUUUCUUCUGGAAUUAGCCAUUUUGAGAUUUACCUCCAUGAAAUGGAGUACAGUAACGGAAUUCUGAAAAUGAAGCAUGCCUCAAAAAUUGGCCGAACUAUGUGUGAUAACUGUUCCAAUUUUUUAAUAGAUCUUCCCCACACUCAAAAUCCUAUGUUGUACGGCGUUGUUGUCGAGGUCGUCGAUGUAGCGCUUAAUCCAAAACAAGCUCGCAGGUUCGUUCUAUAUGAUGCAUCUUCCAGACUUGAAAUCCAUGAAAAAAAUAAACUUUGGGUGACAUCAGCUUCGGAAAAGACAAAUUUUAUUUGGCAAAUUAAUCACAGUAAACUCUGUUACAAUUGGACAAACAGGUUUUAUAACAACAAGUUUAUACAUUACAAUCCAAUGUGUCCUAUUGAUCCAGGGGUUCAUGGCCAUUUUAUAGGCAUAUAUGAACAGACAAGCGGGGUAUUCAAUGUUUCAGGAACAACUAAUAUUCACGGAAUUACUCAGUUUCACUUCAACGUUCAAAAGGAUUUUACCUCUGUGAUAAAUAACCGCAUUGUGCCAAAUUUUCCUCAGCAGAGCCUGUGCAUCAACGUUUCUGGAACGAGUGAUGGAAACACAAUAUCAUUCAAAAUAACCGCGUUUGACAUAACAGGACAUCAGUUAGAAGAUGGCGUCGUUCAUUACAUUGACGCAUCCCCACCGGAAAUUAAUGAUGCGUGGCUGAUACGAGAUGGAAUGGAGGAGAUUUUCGUUCACAGUUUAAAAGAUCUUUCAAAAAUGGUUUUGAAGUUUAAGGCAUUUGAUGAACAUAGUGGUUUAAAAAGUGUCCAUUGGUCUAUCAAGAAUAAAGAUGAUCAAAUUGAAUUUGGACAUGGUGCCCUUGGCGUGUACUCGAUUUCGAGCUGUACUACUGGUAUUGAUUGCUACUGUCCUUCGGUGGGAGACUGCCAACUUUUAAAUUAUACGCUCAUUAUGAACUCUUUAGUGGCAAACAAUUCUCAUAUUGGGAAACAUCAUAGAGAGUAUGUCAUUGAAAUUAAAGUUAUGAAUCAUGCUGCACUACAAACUAAAGAAACCAUUUUUAUACUUGUUGAUGAGUCAGCUCCAGAAACGGGAGUAGUGAGGGAGGGUGUUGCUGGAUCUCCGGAUAUUGAUUACACUGCUAGUCCGACUAUCAACAUCAACUGGGAGGGAUUCGUAGAUCACGAAAGUGGAAUAAAAUUUUAUCGAGUAGGUGUUUCAAACUCUUGUCUUAGAUUAGAAGACUUAUGGCAUCCAACAGGGUCCAGUAUUGAAUAUUAUGACAUUGAAGAAAUGAGUAAGCAAGUUAUUUUGAGUAAUUCGGGUAAAACUUAUGCAUCAGUUAUUGCUUUCAACAAUGCAAUGGAGCCAUCUAAAGUGGUAUGCAGUGAUGGUGUCCGGUUAGACAGAACUCCACCCAUUAUUUCUAACAUGACAGUUCGCAAUAUGAGGGUCUCCUCUUCGCUGGGCUGCACGAACGGAACAUAUUGGUUUGUAACUGAAAAUUUAACGAAGGUUGCUGUAACGUGCAAUAAAACAUGUUUGAAUGGACACAACGCAAUCUUACUGAAUGCUUUACCACUUUCUACCACUAAAAGUUUCCCGGAUGAUGCCUGUCAGCAAAAUGUUUUCUCGGGAAAAAUUUUAUAUCUUGGAAGUGAUUUCUUUGAUAUCUCUUGGAAUAUUACUGAUAAAGAAAGCAAAAUUGAAGACGUUUUCGUUGGAAUUGGAUCUUCAAUUUCUUCAGUGGUGUCUCCUGACGUCAGUGGGUACACAAAGACUCAUCACAACACUUUCUACCGCCUGAGGCAUUCUGGGAUAUCAGGCAAUUCUGUAAUUUAUAUUUUUAUCAAAGCAGUAAAUAAAGCAGGUUUGGAGUCUGUUAUUCCAGUAGGACCAAUCAUUGUAGAUGAAACACCUCCAAUGUGUUUGAAUAAACCAAUAACAGAAGUAACACAGACAAAUAUAACUGUAACAUGGACUUCUGAAGAUUUCAAAGACAUGGAGCAAAGAGAAGCACUUCAAAAAAUUUACUACAGGAUCGUUUCUGGAGGCGCUGCCGGAGUGACCAGUUUUAGGAAAUGGACUAAUGGAGGUUUCUGUUCCAAAAACCGAAAUUGCUUUACUUUUCCAGUAUCUGAAUUGCAACACUAUGAUGGUGGAAGCAGCCGUAAAUAUCAGUUUGAGUUCCACGUAUACAACACUGCUGGUCAUCAUUGUACAAUUCUCUCUGAUUACUUUAGCAUUCCCUCACAAUUCUAUCCCACCCGUGGAAAAGUUUAUGACAUAGACCCGUCAGCAAAUUUGAAUGAUGAACUACACGAUGUAGAUGUUUCUCUUACAUUAGACAGAUACUGUUUGUACUGGAAGGAUAUUAAUCAUGAAGAAUCACUCAUAUAUGAAGUAGGAAUUGGAAGUAGUAAAACAACUGCUGAUGUGGUUGCAAUGCAUGAAAUUAAUGGAACAUCAACCACUAAACUGUCUCUCUUAUGUGAAUCCACCACAAAAUUAGCAAAAUAUACUAAAUAUUUUGUCAUAUUGAGGGUAUUAAGUUCACGAGGGGCUAUUUCAAUGUCGACUGAUGGCUUCAUUAUUGUUGAUGUGAAUGAGUUUGAUGAAUUUCUGAAGGUAAAUGACGGACCGGGAUGUUCAUUUUCAGAGCUUCUCUUCCAACAGAAUGUGAACAUAGUUCUUCAAAAUAGUACAGUUUCUUCUUUCAACGUGUCAUUUCCUCUAACAGUAGGAUCAACCUAUACAACUUUUAUUAACACAUCUUCUGUUAAUUUUACUAUUAAAAGCGACGGUAUCUUGUUCCUGUCCAGGCGUAUUAAGUCAUUUUCUUUCAUUGCAUUAGAACACUAUCCAGUCAUUGAAAUUACUACAAAUGAAAUAGAGGAAUCUAAACUUCCUGCUUUUCAGACUUUUCGUUGUGAGGAAGAUGUUGAUGUGCAAGAUAUUUCAAAUGAGAUUGGAGCUAACUGGGAGGUUGAUGCAAGAGUAAAACUAUUCAUAAGUCAUUACCUGAUAUCACUUUUAUCUUGUGAGAACAAUCCAAAUUCUUCCUGCGUUACUAUUAUGUCAAACUCCAUCGUAAAAAGUACUGCGUAUACGUUUAAUGGCUUAUAUCAUUCUCUUGAACAAGGAUUUUACAAAGUUUUUAUAAAACCGUGUUUUGGAAACAGAUGCGUCUCUGGUCUGUCGUCGGACGGAUUUUUCCUUGAAUCCUUUGGUCCUCACUUUGGAAGUUUGUCUGCUGAACUUAUUGUGGAAGAUGAAAAUUGCCUUAAUCUUCAGUUAAAUUUUCAGUCUUUUCAAUGUUCUUUUCCUGUAGAAUCUGCCCCAACGUUUUAUAGAUGGGCAGUAUUUGGCGAUUUUAAGGGGCAUAUACAGUUGACUGAAUACCAAAUACAACUCAACAGCUCCGGACAACAAACAGUGAUGUCUUGUUUAAACCUUCCGAACCAUCCUCAUAAGAAUAUGCAUGCAUGUUUAGAAGGAUACUGUCGAUCAGGGCGGAUGUCAAAGACAUGCUCACCAAUCAAUGUACAGCAAGAUCCAAAUAGCUUUAGUAAAAGUGUAGUCUAUGAUCUUGAUGCAAAGUCGGAUUUCUUUUUGGAGAUCGAAGCAUACAAAUAUACAAAAAACAUAGGAGGCAAAUUAAAGGAUCUGCAUUCCAACGAAGUAGAUUUUAAAUCAAACUUUUUUGAGUUAGGGGGGUUUGUGAUCGGGAUAGGAAAUGAAGAAAUUCUUUGGAGUGUAAUGAAAUCUCCCCGUAUACCAUUGCGAUGCGAAGACGAUCCUGAAUGUAUAUAUUCUAAAACAGGAAGAGGGGGACUGAUAACUUUCUCCUCAAAAGUGCCUUUGAAAAGCAAUGUUAUAUACUAUCUAUGUGUUAAUGAUAUAGCCAACUUUACCGUUAAUCGAUGUAGCAAUGGAUUUGUAAUUAAUUUAGAACCACCUGCAAUUGGAAAGGUUAACGUUCAUACCAAGAAAAAAGGGUUUAUAACUGAUGACAGUCUUAUUAACGUAUAUUGGCAGGGAUUUGAAAACGACGAUUUUUACAGUAAAAUUGGAUAUCCAUCAAACAUAAGAUUCUAUGAAAUUGCAGUAGGCACUGAAAGGGAGAAGGAAGAUGUACUACAGUUUAGAAAUGUGCAACUGUCUUCUUCAAUUCUUCUUACAAACCUAACCUUGGUAGGAGGGAUGUCCUAUUUCUUUUCAGUGAAAGCUUGCGAUCAUGCUCUGAAUUGUAUCAUUGGAUCUUCUGAACCGCAUGUUUACGACAAAACUCCACCUGAAAAGGGGACGGUUAAUGUUGGACAUCUUCUGAAUCAUCUUCUCUACGUGAAUUCAAGUCUUCUCAUUGUCCACUGCACUGGUUUUGAAGACCCUGAGAGUGGUGUCGAGAAAUUUGAAGUUGGGAUUGGUAGCCAAAUAAAUUCGAGUGAUGUUUUGUCAAUGUCGGAAUCUUUCCAACCAAAUGUAGAAAUUUUGACAAAAGAAUCACUGCACGAUGGACAUGUGUAUUAUGUUUUUGCUCAGGUGUGGAACCAUGCUGGUCUUCGUACUACAGUGUCUUCUUUACCGAUUGUUGCUGAUAGUUCCCCUCCAGAGCCAGGCGCUAUUCGGGAUGGUCCGUUGAUGAACCAUGUUGAUGAAGAGUUUACAACAUCCUCUGAAAUAAGUGCCCAUUGGACUGAGUUUGUAGAUGGACACUCUCCGUUAGAUUUCUACAGGGUAGGACUUGGUACAAAAUACGGAUUGACUGAUGUUGUCAGCUUUAUAUUCAUCGGCAAACGAACAGAAUGGGCAUGGAAGAAGCAACCUAUUGCAGGAAUAAGAUAUUUCACGACGGUUGAGGGUUGUAAUGCUGCAGGACUUUGUAGUCAGUCCUCUUCAAAUGGCGUUAUUGUUGACUUCACUCCUCCCAUUCCAGGUUAUGUUUCUGUAGGACCCGAAAAUGUUAAAUAUAUAGCACAAACAUCUUUCCUAUCGGUGGAAUGGGGUAACUUUGCAGACAUUCAGUCUGGUAUAUUACAGUAUGAGGUUUGCAUAGGAACAGACAAAGUAAAUUGCAAUGUCAUUGGAUGGAGAAAUUAUAGAAUGGAACAAUCUGUUUUAUUGUUGAACCUGUCACUACCCAUUAACGUAGACUUGUUCAUAAUUGUAAAAGCCACCAAUAAAGCUGGCCUUUCAACAAUGCAAACUUCCCACAGCUUUAUCGUAGACGACUCGCCUCCUAAAGUAACACUAUCUCCCAGAUUUCUCAACAGUGAGAAUGCUUCGUCCAUCAUCUACGAUUCUUCAGUGAUGCGCAUGAGAUGGGGAUUUACCGAUAUUGAGAGUCCGAUCAAAUCGUCCAUACUUUCCCUGAAGCUUCUUUCAGGAGGUCAUUCCGAAAUAGAAAAUAUCCUUGUAGAAGGAAAUGAAACUUUCGUAAAAUCUCUUCCCUUAAAAAAAUGGUUGUCGGAUGGUGACAGCUACUAUGUUGCUGUCACUGCCUGCAAUAUGGCAGGCCUAUGUACAACAAGCAAGAGUGAUAUUGUCUUAUUUGAUGGGACUCCGCCAUCUCAUGGCCAUGUGCUAGGUGAAGGUACCUGGUUUAAUUCUAACUCUACAUUAACUUUUAGAUGGGCAAACUAUAGUGAUCCAGAAUCUGGUAUAAAAUCGUAUUUUAUAACUGUUGGCGAGACAUAUAAUGGUUUAGAACUUACUAUGGGAAGUGCUUCUUUUACACAUAUUGGCAAUGAUAGUUCUCUGCAACAAGGUGUUUUUAACUUGUCUCGCAAUCUUACGAAUGGGGAAAAGAUUGUUAUGUCGAUUUGGGCAAUGAACAAUGCUAACUUAAAUGGUACAGUGAGACGAGUGACAUUUGUUACAGUUUCGAAAGAUAAGAAUAAUACAAACGGAGAGCUCAUCAUGGAAAGACAUUCUUGUGAUGUAUCAUAUUGUACCAAUGAUUGCACAUGCGCAAUACUUGGUGGAAAAUGUCAUGAGGUUGUUAACACCCAAGACUGCAAGCAUCGAAAUAUGACAUAUUUAGCAAGUGAUGCCAAAGUUUCUUUAAGUAUUUGGGGAGGUAACUCAAAUCGUUGGACAACAUCGACACGUUGUCUUGGUGCCAGCUGGUUCGUAGAAAAUAUAAAUGUUUCUAGAUUUGAAUGGAGCAUGGGAUUGAUUAAUAUGCCUCAUGGUUAUGGGGUUUUCGAUAGAAUGGUAGAACAGGUUUGGCAUGACGUGAGCUUACAAACAAGCGUUGUUCAUUGUUUGAAACCAAUCAGACAACUCGAUCAUGAACGAGAAUAUGUGGCUUACUUGAAAACAUGGAUUUCAAACACUGACUAUAUUUUGACUCAAUCAGAACCAAUAAUUAUCGACACAUCGCCACCCAGCGUCCGCAGAGGAAAGUUCAUCAUUGAUUCCGAUAAGGAUUGCUCACGUGAUAAAGAGUUUACGAACACCAAAAACAUAAUUUCAUGUUGGAAGGAUGUUUUUUCUGACAUUCAAAGUGGAAUCAGGGAAUACAAAUUCAUGGUUGGUUUGACACCAGGAGGUUAUGAGAUUUUUGGAAUUAAAAGUGUUGGAUUAGCAAGUAACUUUACAUGGACUUUUGCCAAUCUUGAACCUGGUGUUAAGUACUAUUCCUCUGUUGAAGCUAUCAAUUUCGUCGGUUUAUCCACUGUUCUGACGUCAGAUGGUAUAACGAUCGACUUGUCUCCUCCAGAAACCGGCAUUGUUUUUACAUCUAACUUUUUUCACAAUACAAAAUGGCUAUCGGAAACAUCGGCAGUGAGUGCUUCAUGGGAAGGAUUUACAGACUUUGAAUCGUCUAUAGAUCGAUAUAUUGUUUCACUUAAAGAUUCUAAUCAGAGUUUAAUAAGAGAAGAAGAAGUAGGAAUAUUUAAUAAGCACACUUUCACUGGUCUCUCUCUCCUUCAUGGAAAAAGCUAUUUCGUGCUCGUGAGAGCAGUGGAUGCAGCUGGCCAUAGUAGUGCCAUUUCUGCGUCCUCACCAGUGACUGUAGAUGUUUCAAAACCUUGUGGAGUAAGAUGCAAAACUUAUUUAGUUCAAAUCAACACAACGGUAAAGACAAAAGCGGGAGAAAAAGAAGUUAUAAUAAAUGCAUUUUCUUUUAAGCGAGAUACUUUGUACAAGAUUUCUGUCAAAGGAGAUAUCGAUAUCAAUAUGCAUUCUAUAAUUGUUCACGUAUUUGGAAACCUUUAUGAUAUGCCUUUAAAUAAAAUUAUGUCCGAACUUGUAUUCAUGCAAGAAAGUGAAGAGACGGCUGAUGUUGCUGUUGAAGUGAAUUCUCUGAACUCUGAGAAUGUGACAUUAGACUUUGUUUUAUACGAGUGUGCAUAUGCAGAGACGAAUGCUUCUGAAGCUAUUGUUAUUAGGCAAAUUUCUCCAAAUUCACUCUCGUUUGCAGUAAAUGCCAUAGACCCUGAAAGUGAAUUAAAAGAAAUACAAAUAUAUCUAGGGACAAAUUGGCAGGGAAGGCAGUUAAAAACAGUUAAAUCUCUUACUCCUUUCAGAUUUCAAAAGAUUCUUUUAUCAAUUUCCCAUGGUACAAUAGUGUAUCCUUCUGCUCUUGUAGAAAAUAAUGCAGGUCUUAAACAAUAUUUUCAGUCUGAUCCUAUCGUUUGGGAUCACACACCACCAAACAUUUCAAUAAGAAACGUCUCUGUUGAAUAUCAUGACGUCAUUGGAAAGAAUAAAUCGAUUAAAUCCUGCAUAACCGUGCACUGGGAACUUGCAGAAUAUGAAAGUGGCAUCCAAUAUUGUCAAUGUGCUUUAGGCGAUAGAUUUGGUUUAAAAAAUCUACAGACUUGGAGAAAAUCAAACAACAUUUCUGUUUGUCGGUCCUCUUUAUUAGAAAUUCCACAUGGCUCUCGUGUUUAUUCAUCAGUGAAGUGUUUUAACAAAAUCGGACUUCAAACAGAAGUGAACCGAAAAUCACCCAUAAUAAUUUCCUUUAAUUCACCCCGUACUCCAUCAAGGAACGUCGACUUUGUGGUAUAUAGUGCUACUGUCGAAAAUUCUAUGAAUUACCAACGGGUAUCUUCAUCCCUUCAUUUUCACUGGCCAGCCUUCGAAGACAUAUCCGGAAUAACAAAAUACAGCGUGUGUAUUAAAUCCGAUAAAUUGAUGAUAUACGAUUGGCGGGAUAUCGGGAGACACAACUAUUUUUCUGCUGACGAAUUGAUACUGGAUACGCACAGAAACUACAGUGUUUAUGUCUUUGGGACUAAUGAAGGAAAGAAAGAAAGUAACUUUAUAAAUGGAUCAAUAUCUAUAAAUGAUAUCGUUCCUCUACAGACAGGAAAUUCGUGUGUUAUAACUGGAAAUAAUACAAGUCUUCUGGUUUCCUGGAAAGAAGUGUUCGAAUUAACCCCUGUCUUGGUGCCUACGUUUGUCGUCAAUAUUGGCUCAGAAGUCGGAUAUGCUGAUCUUUUAAAUAAUUUUAAAACUAGCAACACGGAAUAUUUCAUGUCGUCAAAUGCUAUGCAGUUGUAUGUCGUAAUAACGGCAAAGUAUAUAACUGGCUCUGAAUCUACGUAUAGAGAAUUUAUUACAGUCAAUCAUUAAAAGAAUAAGGAAAGAAAAAGCACCAUUUUAUGAUCAACUUAAAUUAAACUGAAAUUUUAUUUCAAAUGGUGCUAUGCCAUGAAAAGAUGAAUGCUAAAAUCAAUUCUACAAGGAUUUCAAUCUUUAAUUGUUUUACAAUAUAAAGAUACUUACCAGUAGAUAGUUUGUAUUAUAAAAAUAUUACAUGUUUAUUAGGGUAACAUGUGAAACUGUUAUCCCCGCGAAAACCAGAGCUGACCGAGGCGGAGCCGAGGUCAGCAAUUGUUUUCGCGUGAUAACAAUUUCACUUGUUACGCUAAAUAAACAUGUAUUUUUUGUUAUACUGAAUGUAUUUAGAAUGAUUUAAAAGAACACGGUGGACGCACAAACAUUCUGCACAUUUAACAGUUUUAUAUUGUUACCCGUCGUCAUGCAUUUUCUACCGCCGCUUUGUAAUGCGACCCGGCGGGUGUGGUGUAUGCACGCGGUAGGGUAAAAGUCCUUUCUAAGAAAUAUUUUUAAACCAAUCAUAUUUGACUAUUUAACAUGAAAGUAUAACAAUAUAAACUAAUUACUGCACAUGUAUCAAACAAAUCAAGGCUUUGCGCAUAGUUUUUUUAAUAUUCAAAUUGUCAAUGAAACAUUUCAAAGGUUUGGUUUGUUUUAAUUCUGUUAUUAAUUGAAUUACCAACUGAAGAUAUUAGAUUUUAUCCAUGUAUCUUUGACUAAAAUUUUAUUACGAUCAUAUAUUGAUUGAUGCAAAAUGUAGUUAUGAUAUUGAUGCCAGAUGUAGUACUGAUAUAGAUGUCCGAUAUAGAUUACUGUGGAAUUAUUUUAUUUCGUGGGGCUUCAAUUUUUUAUGGAUUUUGUGGGCACCCCUUGCCAGCAACUUAACAUCUUUAACGAUUUCGAAACAUACAAGGUGAUUAAUUAAAAAAAAGACAAUUGUUUGCGGAAUUAAGUCACGUAAAUUUAAGCGACAAUUGGCCCUUCAGGAAUUAGAAUGAUUUUACAGUAACUGGAAAUUUUUCUCCUGCUUUAUAAUAAAUUUCUUAUUUAUAAAAUAAUCAGCCUGAUUUUUAGCCACAGAUUAAUGAUAUAUUCCUGCAUUUGAUAAA